AUGAAGACGGACAGCGGGGCGCAGACGGCUCCGUUCGGCGGGAGGAGGCAGAGUCUGAUCGAGGACGCACGCCGGGAGCGCGGCAGCGGCUCCGCGGGCUCCCCGGGGCCCUCACGGCACGGAGACGGGUUCGUGUUCGAGGAGAAGGCCGGCAGGGUCACGGUGAACGUCCUCUUCAGCCUCAGCACCGAGAAGAACGCAGGCUUCUUCAAAACGGGGAGAAUAUUCGAGACGUUCGAGGCUAAACUUCUCCACAUCGAAAGCCGACCGGGGAGGAAGUCAAAGAACAGCACGACUGACCUGGAGUUCUUCAUGAAGUGUGAAGUCCACAGCUCCGACCUGGACGUUUUCAUCAACUCACUGAAGAGAGUGGUCGACGACGUGCGCUCCAUUCCUGAGGAAAAAGUUCCCUGGUUUCCCCGACAGAUAAAAGACCUCGACAGGUGCAACAGUCUAAUAACCAAAUUUGAUCCGGACAUGGAUCAUGAUCAUCCAGGAUACAGUGAUCCAGAAUACAGAAAAAGACGGGCUUUCAUCUCAGAGCUCGCCUUCAGAUACAAGCAGGGCGACCCACUGCCCACUGUGGAGUACACAGCAGAAGAGGUGUCCACAUGGAGGGAGGUGUACCGGCAGCUGAGGAGCAUUUAUCCCAGUCUGGCCUGCAGACAGUUUCUGGACGGACUGCAGCAGCUGGAGAAGGAGUGCGGCUACGGAGAGGACCGCAUCCCUCAGCUACCAGAGGUUUCUGCCUUCCUGAAAGAGAGAACUGGUUUCCAGUUGCGUCCAGUAGCCGGCCUGCUGUCAGCCAGAGACUUCCUCAACAGUCUGGCCUUCAGGGUGUUCCAGUGCACCCAGUACAUCCGUCACUCCUCUGCCCCCAUGCACUCCCCUGAGCCGGACUGCUGCCACGAACUACUCGGACAUAUUCCCAUGCUGGCAGACAAAGAAUUCGCACAGUUUUCACAGGAGAUUGGAUUUGCCUCGCUUGGAGCUUCAGAUGAAGACAUUGAGAAACUGUCAACGUUAUAUUGGUUCACUGUGGAGUUCGGCCUCUGCAAACAGAACGGGACAGUCAAAGCUUACGGCGCCGGACUCCUGUCGUCUUACGGAGAGCUUGUUUACGCUCUGUCUAACGAGCCGGAGUACAAGCCGUUUAACCCCGAGGAGACGGCGGUGCAGCCGUACCAGGACCAAAACUACCAGCCCGUUUACUUUGUGUCUGACAGCUUCGAGGACGCAAAGACCAAGAUGAGGAGAUACUCUGCAACCAUCAAGCGUCCCUUUGCGGUUCGCUACGACCCCUUUACCUGCAGCGUGGAGGUUCUGGAUCAGCCCGGCAAGAUCCAAAACAGUCUGAGUCAGAUGAGAGAAGACCUGAAGACCCUUCACAAUGCUUUGGAGAAGUUCAGCUCAUCUUAAGACCCGGGGACAGGCUUUCUGUAAGGAAAGAAGAAAGUUGUGCAGAAGAAGAAAAGGAUGUACAUUUGGCAUUUGUAAAUAUUGUAUAUGAGAUCUACUAUUAUGAACAACACAUAAAGAAAAUCAUGAUGUAGUCAGGUUUGUGUGG